CUAAUGCAAAUGUUUUUGGUCUGUGACUCUCUAAAGUACUAAAUCGGGUAUUUCUGCAGAUUUUGCGUCAGGUGUAUUUUUUCGUACAUAUGAUGAACUCAGCUACAGCAGUUUCUUCUGCCUGGAGCUACCUCAAACAAAGCUUAAAUCUUGAUGGAAAAUGGCAGAAAGAAUUGGACAGAAAAGAAAUUGAAAUUUGUUUAGAACUUGUUGUAAGGCAUGACUUGGUUGACUUCACGAAGGAGUUAGUUUGGCAGAAACUCUACUAUGAAACUAGAACCAAAAUAGUACCAAACUUCUGGUCAAAGUUUUCCUUAGCCCACAACGAAAACAUUGGGUAUGAAAACUUUAAUGAAGCAGUAAAUGUCUUGAAUGCUGACAUUGCAAAACAGCAACACUACUUCUCACUAUUGGAUCGACUGUCUGGAAAUGUCAUAUUAAAGUCAUUUGACCAGUAUAAAGCACACCUUAGUGCAAUAUUAUUGUCUCAGAUACCCCCACAUUUUGAGCACAGUGUGCAUGCCUUCUACACUCGUGCUUUCAGAGCUUUUAUGUCCUUGGAAAAGAGAAGCCUAAACUUUGAUGCGGAUGAAUCUGGUGAUGUCAUCACUCACUGUUCAGGAUGUGAUCAAGAAAUAGAUCAGUGUGAAUGCAACAUCAUCCUGGAUAACUGCCAUAAAGUCAACAAGGAUUUGACGGAGCUUGGAAUACUUGAAAAACUCUCUGUUGGUAUGAUUCACACGCUUAUUCUGUCUCAAAUCCAAUCCCACGUGCAGGAUUCGUGUGUAGGAAAUUUCGCUUCUUCCCAGAUUGAUAUGCUUGAAAAGUGGUUGCAUAGCAUAAUUUUUAGAUGGCUAGGCAUCGUUUACGGAGAAGAUUACAUCCAACAGGAUCAAGUGCGCAAAAAUUUUACCCAGUUCCUUUAUCAUGCAUACACGCAUGCGAGAAUUGAGCAGCUUUUUGAGAUAAUCAUCGGCUAUCCAGAAAGCUUCCCCUCAGUUAAAGAUCUGCAGGAAUGCCUAUCCCGGACACAGUUAAAACCAACAUUGACACAAUCCCUAAAAACUACCUUAGAAGCAAGAUUGCUUCACCAGGGUGCCACAACAGAGGACAUAUUAAUCGCCUAUGUUUCAGCCAUCAGAGCGUUUAGCGUACUCGAUCCCACUGGUGUUCUUUUAGAUGCAGCUUGCGAUCCGAUUAAGCAAUACUUGCGACUUAGAGGAGACACAGUUCGUCACAUAAUUCAUAGCUUGACGGACAGUAGUGGAGAGCUAGGCGGAGAGCUUGAAUUGGGAAGAACAGGGACGGCUAUAUUGGACGACGAAUCGGUUGCAGCCGUUGGAGAUGCCGAAGCGUCGACGGAUUGGGAAAAUUGGUCGCCAGCACCAAGCGACGCAGAUCCAAGCAAAUUGUGGACGGGAAAGAAGCCAGGAGAUAUUGUGCCGAUGUUGGUGAACAUUUAUGGCAGCAAAAGUCUUUUUGUCAAAGAGUACCGCAAGUUGCUCUCGGAUCGAUUGUUGCUCAACCUUCAUUUUGACACGGAAGAGGAGAUUCGCAAUCUAGAAUUUCUCAAAAUACGCUUCGGCGAAAAUGAGUUGCACAACUGUGAAGUAAUGCUGAAGGAUGUAGCCGACUCGAAAAGGAUUAACACUCACCUGCAGUCCGUUGCGCACAAACCAGACUUUCCAAUAUCUGCCAUGAUAAUCUCGGCUCAGUAUUGGGACCAGUUGAAGGACAAGCCAAUGAAAUUACCGAUUAAAAUCAUUAAUCAACUUGAACAAUAUAACCAAAAUUAUAAAACUGUAAAAACAAGUCGCUCUUUACAUUGGGUGCCUCAGUCAGGCUCAGUAGAACUGGAACUGGAAUUUGAUAACCAUCGGUCUGCGUCAUUCACAGUUCCACCUGACCUGGCUGCCAUCAUUUCUCAUUUUGAAGACAAGGAACAAUGGGAUUUGGAAGAACUUAGCCAGGAGAUGGAACUACCAAUGUCCCACCUUCGACGGCGCGUUCAUGUUUGGCAGACACAUGGUGUCCUUCAAGAAAUUUCUACCGAUCGCUUUAAGGUGGAUGAAAAUGGCCCGGCUUUUACAGGACAUAAGGUUCUGUUGGAAACACUGGCAAAAAUGGAAGAGGAAGAAGAAGACGAUGAUGAAGAGGACAAUGAGAAAAAAUCAGAAGACGACGGUCUACAAGUAUAUUGGUCAUAUGUUGUUGGAAUGUUGACAAAUCUUGAAGCUCUUCCAGUUGAGCGAAUCCAUCAAAUGCUUAAAAUGUUCACAAUGCAAGGUUCUAGUGGAGCAGAAUGUACUCUUCAACAAUUAAAAAUGUUUCUUGAUUCGAAAGUCAAGCAACAAUUGUUGUCCUUCUCCUCUGGAAUGUAUAGACUCCCUAAACCAUAAGCUGUUAAAUUUAGCCUAUCGAUCACUUUUGUCGAUUGAAGAUGAUUUAGGAAUGAGUCCUUCCUUGUUUCAAUAAAAUAUUUUUCAGCUGUGA